AUGGCGAUCGACCGAUUACGAAUUGUUUAUCAAUAUCUAGUAAAAUUAAAUUUAUACGAAAAUGGAACUAGUGAUGAACAUGAAAAAAGAAAUGAAAUUCUAUCAACUAAAAUCUAUAUAAUUCUUCUUGUCCUUGUAUUAUUACUAUACAUUUCAUACGCAUCAUUAACAGCCCAAGCAAAUGAUUUUACAAUUUCUAAACCGACUCAAAAGCAAUACGAACGCUUAGAAUUGCAAUAUUCUGUUAGUUUAAAAUGUCCAUGUCAAGAGUUAUCCAUAGCAUAUAAACGAUUCAUUGAUAUCAAAUUAGAAUAUAAUGAAAUUUGUUCAUCGGAUUUUGUUACACAAAAAUGGAUUGAUUAUUUGUUCGAAGAACGUUUAGGAUUUUAUCAUCCACUUGAUUUUCGUCGUAGUGCACCAUUUAAAUUUCAACUUCUUCGAACUUUAUGUCAGCAAUCACAACGAACAAUUGAAAAUAAUCUAGAAGAAUUUUAUUCCAAUUAUUUGAUUUCAAAUGAAAUUAUUUCACAAGAUGAAUUCAAUGCUCAAGUCAAUUAUUCUGUUGAAUCAUUUCAAAAAGCAACAAUGUCUUCCUUUCAAAAAUUAAUCAAAUUAAUUCAAGAAGUAACAUGUGCAAAUCUACUAAUAACAGCGGUAGAAACGCGCUAUGUUCCAAUAGUCAACAACAAUGAUGCAUACUAUGUAGCUAUUUGCUACAAAACAGAAACUGGGCCAAAAACAUUAGUAUGUAGUGCUGACUAUGUUUUAUCUGAAGGUAUCUAUUAUUUUACAAAUUAUUAUGAUUAUUCAGAAUGUGGUAACGAAAAUGGAAUGGAUCUAGAGCAUAUACCAAUUUUCAGGGUACCUGGAAUGUUUGCAGGUGGUUUACCAAUACAAUCAUUGAUGCAUUCGACAUUAGAAUGUUUAUUUGACCAAUUAUGUUUAGAUGAAAUCGGUUUCUAUAUGAAAAAUUCCUUUUCGAAAGGAAAUUUUUCAAGGUUGAAAAAAGAUUUCUCAACAAAAAACCGGACAAUUUACGAAUUAACGAAAAAAUUAUUUGUAAAAAAUUGGAAUAUUAUUCAAUCUUAUGAAAAAUAUUUUAGUAAUUGUCAAAUUUUAUAUUGUCAAUAUUCCGAUGAACAAAGAAAUAGUUUUGUUUAUAUUUUUACAACAACUAUUAGUUUAUUUGGUGGUUUAAAAUUAAGCCUUCCAUGGAUUAUUUUAUAUCUUCUGAGAUUUUUUCGAAAGAAAAAAGCACCAGAACUACCAACAGAUACUCCUACAAGUAAGUUAACAAUCGCUAUCGAAUAUAUUAGAACUAAUACGAGCAGAGUUGUAACCGGUACCAGCCGGCAGAAAUUUUGUUUGAUUUUUAUAUUGAUGGUGCCGGUAAAAACAGUAAAAAAAAGCGAUUUUUUAAAAUUAAAAGCCCAAUUUCACAUUGGGGAACCAGAACGAAGUGCACAAGUAACAAUGAGCACAGGAAAGUUAAGCUCAAUUUUCAUUGAGCACAUUAAUUAG